AUGGAGGCGACGCUCGCGCGGUCCGUCAUCGGGCAGGACGAGGCGCUCGCCGUCGUGUCGAACGCGGUGCGAGUCUCGCGCGCCGGGCUGCAGUCGUCCGAGCGCCCGCUCGGCGCGCCCCUGCUGGCACCUUCAUGCUGGUCGGGCCGACCGGCGUGGGCAAGACGCGCCUCUGCAAGGUUCCUCUUCGACUCGGCCGACGCGGCGCACCGCGAGGUUGCGACGCUGCUGCUGCAGGUCCUCGACGAGGGCCGCCUCACCGACUCGCAAGGCAAGACGGUCGACUUCCGCAACACGAUCAUCAUCAUGACGUCCAAUUUGGGCGCAGAGGCAGCUCGCGUCGCUGCCGGAGGGGGCCGCCUCCUCCAAGGCGCGGCCCGAAGUGCUCAAGGCGAUCGCGGACGCCUUCCCGCCCGGGUUCGUCAACCGGCUCGACGAGAUUCCGAGGUCCUCUUCGAGCGGCUCACCCGCGAGCGCAUCGCCGCCAUCUGCGCUGUCGAGGUGCAGCUGCGGGAGCGCCUCUCUGCGCGCGGUGUCCGCCUGCGCCUCUCCCCGGACGCCCUGCUCCGGCUGGCGGAGGCCGGGUACGACCCGGCGUACGGCGCGCGGCCGGUGCGGCGCGCCAUCCGCCACCACCUGCUCGACCCGCUCUCCCGGCUGCUGAUCGGAGACCAGGAGGCGCAGGACGGCGCGACCGUCCUCGUCGACACGAAGGACACCGGCGCGGGCGCGGGCGGCGGCGCGGCGCAGCCCUCCAUCGUGCCGCCGCUGCCGGGCGUGCCUUUCGCCACGGGGCUGUUUGGCGCCGGCGGCGCCGCCGCGGCGGUGCCGCCGAGCGACAUGGCCGCCGCUGUGCGCAUCCGAUUGCUGGCUCCGGGUGCGCCGCUUCCGCCAGAGGACACGGGGGUCGACUGGGACGAGGGGCCGGAGUCGGCAGCGUAG